AUCCGCCUGUCGCAAAGUGUUCUAAUAGAAUAAGUAGGUAGGGAGGGAGCGCUGCGUUCCACUCUGAGUAAUAAGGAAUGCUACUCUUCGACAGACAGACAGCCCUUUGGAUCCUCAGGUGGCGCAGACCGCCCGUCAGUCCCCAGCGUCCCAUACUCUUCCUGCUCGGCCCCGUCUCGCUCCUCGUGAAUCUAGGGCUGCUUCAUCGUGCAUUGCCAGUGAAGCUGCCAGACGCGCCGGUAGCCGGAUCGGAUUUCAACCUUCCAUUAUCCACACAAACUUUCACUGCUUCCCCCCUUUCACCCCUUGCCUGCCGCCGGGUCGCAGUUUUCAUAGACAACAUUGUCCCUGCGGGCUGCAGCUACUGACUAUGCCGCUCGCUCACGGUCGAGGGACAGCCGCCGAGCAAGGCGCAGCCCUCCGGGCGAGCAUCAUCGUUGAGCAAAGCCGUUCAUCAGACAGCGCCAGCCAAGAGCGCCGCUCCUCUGUGGCUUGCAGCAGGCAGGACACUUCAUCCUACGAGCAGCUUGCGUCUUGCUCCAACCCUGAUAUCAGCGUUCCUUCGAUGCCCGUGGAGGAGCGAUUCUGCGACGCAGAUCACGGCGAGCCGGCAGACACCACCGGUGUCAAGAAAGAGAGCCGCCCAGCCGAAAUGGAGGGCAAGAGACCAUCUCAGAAAACUUUCCUUGCAUCUGUGGGCGCAAGUGAAGGCGCUGGGAGCAAUGAGAAGUCGCAUGCACGUCCUGCCGGUAACCUAAGACGUAAGACACCCUUUGCGAUGAAACGCGUCGAAACUCUCACGGGUAUCGACAAUCUUACUCUCCUUCUGGAAGAUGAGGCGUACCAUCCAGCCUGCUUUAGCAUCUACAUGUUCGAAACUGACAUUGACCGACAGACCGUGGAGGCUUUUCUUGAAAAGCUGGUCGAGCUGUUCCCAAAAUACAGAUACAAAGUCGAGCUGGAUCCUUCGAAAGCAGCAAAGCUAGACAAACAGGCUCGCAAACGACUGGCAGCUGCAAAUGGGCAUGUCGAUGUGGAAAAUGCGGAAGCCGAGAAGGCCCGCAGGGAUCGCAGCGAGCAUCCCGACCCGGGACGCAAGACGCGCUAUGCAAAAGGUCUCAAGGCUGGCGCACCCUUCACCCCGGCCAAGUGGCGCAUCCUCGAUGACUUUGACAUCCGCGAGAAUCUGGAGGAGCAGACGUGCACCGCGCCGAACAAUUCCGAGAACGCCCUCUUCGACAUUGCCGGUCGCUUUCUGGAGCGUCAUUUCAACUAUCAGAAGCCCCUGUGGGAGGCUCUUCUUGUGCACGGCUUGGAAACGGAAGACGGGUCCAAGGCUGGGCUCAUGAUCAAGAUUCAUCACGUCCUCUCGGACGGGCAGGGCCUGAUCCAGAGCUACGGUGUUGCCUUGGCCGCCAUCGAGCAUGGCUUGUCUAGCGAGGACGUCCAACACAGAUUCGAGUUGUCCCCAGAGGUCAAAAAGCCAGGGCAGCGUGGGGUCAAGCCGACGGUGAGGGGCACAGUGAAGCACUCUGCCAAGACGAUCCGCGGGCUCUACCUGCGUUCUCGCAAAUCAUUUCUGUACGCCCCUUCUUCGCAAGAGGGCCGCGUUUACGGGCGGCGGUACGCACACUCGCGCGGAAUCGACAUGAACGACAUCAAGCUGAUCCGCGAGGCGUUCUCGACGGACAAGGAGAAGCUGACGCUGAACGAUGUCGCGUGCGCCGUGCUGUCCAAGAGCAUCGCGAUCGCCGCGCGUCGCGUCGCGCCGGACGGCAAGGUGCGCGACAAGCGCAUCGCGAUCUUUGUCCCGAUCUCGGUGCGGCCCAAGGGCAACUAUGAGCUGGCCAACAUGACGACGGGCGCCAUCGCGUGGUUCGCGCUGGAUGAGAACAUGCCGCUCGAGGGUCGCCUGGCACAGGUCAACCGCGAGAUGACGAGGAUCAAAAAAUCGCAUCUGCCCAAGAUCUGGUACAAGACGCUCGACUUUGUCUGCAAGCGCAGGCUGUGGUACGUCCCACAUUAUCCCAUCGGCAAGGAGUUCUUCGAGAAGGCGUACCGCGAGUACUCGGUGGCCACCAACGUGCCGGGUCCGCCCAAGCCGGUCAAGUUUGGUUCGCACGUGGCGAACCGGUAUUUUGUUCUGCCGCCUUCCUCGCCGGGCAAGGGCACGCUGGCGAUCGGCCUGAUCAGCUACGCCGGCAGCCUAUCGGUCUCGGUCUCGUGCGACGACGUGCCCGAGUUUGCGACACUUGCCAAGGGCAUCUGCGCCUCCUUCCAGGAUGGCGCAGCAGACCUCAUCGCCGCUGCCAAGGAGCGGCUCGCGGCGCGAAAGGAGAAGGCCGCAUAGAUUUCCCUUUUACGCUGCUAUAAUGGAAGAGAUACCAUGUCCGAGCAAGAUGGGACCAGCCAAAGGACAGAGCUUUUUGCUGCCUCUUUUUGUUAUUCAUGCUGCUCAGCCGCGCAUCUGUAUUGCCAUUGGCUACACGUGGUAUAUGUGGCCCCCGCGCUUUCGCCCCCUUCUUCGCUUGUAAUGCAUACCCACGAGCAGCCAUGCUGCUAUAUGUACAUGUAAUGGACCGUCCUUA